CAAUCCUACCUAAAAACCGAAGGAGCGCGCCCGAAGAGCUGGAGAUUCCGAAUCUCCGAGAUAAUAUCAAUUUUGUCUGCUUUCUCUCCGGCGGCCAUGGAUGGAGUUUCAUAAUCUCAUUGUCAUUAACUGGAUUGGUCAGCUAUUUUGACUUUUCUCUGCGUCCUCUACCGUGCAAGGUUCUCGCCGGCAAUACGCCCCUCCAAAUUAUCUCUAGGUUUUAAUAGCUAAUGGGCGAUCAUUUGGACCGAGAUUUGGGAGCCAUGGCAUCUGUGAUUCCCCGCGACGAAGAGGUGCCCCUGGUUGCUGAUGCUGGUAAUUCGCCUAUACACUCCCAGAACCAUACGAGGGAUAUUCAUAUCUUGAGCGUGGCUUUUCUGUUGAUCUUUCUCGCCUAUGGGGCUGCUCAGAAUCUACAGAGUACUCUGAACACUGAGCAGGACUUGGGUACAACUUCGCUUGCGAUAUUAUAUACGUCUUUCACCUUGUUCAGUCUGAUUGCUUCUUUGGUGGUUCGGAUACUCGGGUCAAAGAACGCUUUGGUUAUUGGGACAACCGGUUAUGUUUUGUUCGUAGCUGCGAACUUGAAGCCAAAUUGGUAUACAAUGAUUCCAGCCUCUUUGUAUCUUGGAUUUAGUGCUUCAAUUAUAUGGGUUGGAGAGGGAACAUAUCUCACUUUAGCUGCACGUAGUCAUGCCAAAGCUUACAACUUGCAUGAGGGAGCAGUGAUUGGUGACUUCAAUGGGGAAUUCUGGGCAAUGUUUGCCCUCCACCAGUUUGUUGGGAAUCUCCUUACAUUUACUUUACUAAGAGAUGGACAGGAAGGAAGUACCAAAGGCACAACUUUAUUAUUCGUUGUGUUCCUUUGCAUUAUGGCCAUAGGUGUAGUACUUAUGUGCUUAUUGAGUAGAAGGACUGGUAAUAAUAAGGAGGAAGGGAAACUAUCAGAUGCUGAUGUUGAUGUCUAUUCAUCCUUAAAGUCUCUAUUUAAAUCACUUGCCAAUUCGUUUUCUGAUGUAAGAAUGUUGUUGAUCAUUCCCCUCAUUGCAUAUUCAGGACUACAACAAGCGUUUGUGUGGGCUGAAUUCACCAAGUAUGUUGUAACUCCAACGCUUGGCAUUUCUGGUGUGGGUAGUGCAAUGGCAGUAUACGGGGCUUUUGAUGGAAUAUGUUCUCUGGCUGCUGGUCGACUUACCUCUGGUCUUACAUCUAUUACAUCAAUAGUUUCCGUUGGAGCUUUUGUUCAGGCAGGUGCGGUUGUCCUGCUUCUGCUAAAUUUGAGCAUAAGUAGCGGGUUUCUCAGUACUCUGUAUCCACUUUUCUUGGCUGCUUUGUUGGGCAUUGGUGAUGGAGUGUUUAAUACGCAGCUCAGUGCAUUGCUUGGAAUGCUAUUUGAGCAUGACACGGAAGGAGCAUUUGCGCAGCUAAAGAUAUGGCAAAGUGCUACUAUUGCUGUGAUGUUCUUUUUGAGCCCUUACGUCUCCUUCCUGGCGAUGCUUGUGAUUAUGCUUGCUUUACUAUUCUUCUCAUUUGGCUGUUUUCUAUUGCUGACUCUCAAAGUUGCGAAGAUAUCUUCUCCCACACAGUGAAUAAAAUGUUUGCAACAAUUCCUACCAUAAUUGAUCCUUGCAUAUUCUUGUAUCUGCGUGCCUGAAAAAUGUAUCACAAUCUCAAGUGGAUUUUCCCUUCGGGUGACAUUCCUUGUUGCUGAAAAGCUACAUAACGUGACAACUAUAUUCGCUAUAGAAUUACACCUUUUUUUUA